AUGUCUCUGCCGACACACCUAGCAGAUGGCAACUGGAUAUGUCAAAAGGAAUCAAUAAGUCGUCAGUACAAAUUCCUCCGACGGAUCAUCAAACUCAAGUUUAACCAGAUGGAUUUCCAAUUCGCGGCCUGGCAGAUGAUCUACCUGCUCACCACCCCCUCCAGGGUCUACAAAAACUCUCAGAUCAGGAAGCACACCAAGAACCAGUGGGCACGGGACGACCCAGCUUUCAUGGUCCUGUUAUCAGCUUUCCUGGCCGUGUCGUCUAUCUUAUUUGCAGUUAUUCUCAAACUCUCAGUUCCGGGAUUCUUCAAAUUCCUCCUGUGGGUCAUCUUCAUUGACUUUAUCGGUGUGGGGUUACUUAUUGCCGGGAUUUGUUGGUAUGCCUGUUCUUAUCUUACCCGGAGGAUCAAUAGCGAUCAAACGGUCGAGUUUGGGUAUUCUUUUGACGUGCAUUGCAACGCUUUUUUCCCUAUCCUCGUCAUUUUGCACGUGGUACAGCCUCUCUGCUGGCAUAUCUUCAUCGACGGGGAUUCCAGGUUAGCCACAUUCCUAGGAAAUUCCUUGUGGUUGAUAGGGAUCACUUCUUACAUUUACAUCACCUUCCUGGGAUACACUGCGCUCCCUUAUCUUAAAGGAUCGGAGAAGAUCAUGUAUCUGGUUGCAGUUCUUGCUUUUGCUUUUGUCUUCUCGGUUGUUCUCAACGCUAACUGGGGAAGACAUCUUAUUAACUUUUACAGGUAUCGGAUCGGCGAAUAGGCGGUAAAUUGAAAUGACCCAAUGCUAUAUAUAUAAACUGGAUUGAUGACAUAUUUUACAUGCAUGUAAAAUAUCACAUAGUACUACAGAUUUUGUUUGGU